AUGGAGUGCAAGAAAGAAUUUGGACGGCUUGUUAUACCUGUCUUCUACAUCGUUGAUCCAUCACAUGUAGGGUAUCAGCUAGGAAGUUACAAUGAAGCGUUUAAAAAACACUUGCAGAAUAACAAGAAGGCGGAGGUUCAGAAGUGGAGGGAAGCUCUCACUGCAGUAGCAAAUUUAGAAGGCUUGGACUCCCGUUCUUAUAGGGACGAAAUUGAAUUCAUUCAGAAUAUUGUAAAAGAUAUUUUUCAGAAGCUGAUUAACCAUUACCCACCCAAUGAUAGUAAAAGUCUCGUUGGCAUUAGUGAAAAUCUUGAAAAGGUAGAAUCACUAUUAAGUGAAUCUGUUAAAGUCAGAAUGAUUGGAAUUUGUGGCAUAGGGGGUAUAGGAAAAACAACUCUAGCAAGACUUAUAUUUGAGAAAUAUUCUUAUACGUUUGAAGGCUUCUACUUCUUAGAAAAUGUACGGGAAAGAUCAAGAAACUAUGGACUAACUGAGUUACGUCGUCGACUUUAUUUGGAGCUCUUACAGGAAAAAUUUUGGCAAAAUAACACAGGAAAAUCCACUUUUGUUGAGGACAGGGUAAGCAAACAAAAAAAUUUCAUAGUUCUUGAUGACGUGAGUAGUUUACAGCAAUUAGAUUACCUGGUUCAGAAGCUUCAAUGGUGUGGUGCAGGUAGUAAGCUCAUUAUCACAGCUAGAGACAAAAAUAUGCUGGUUCCAACAGUUGAAACAAUAUAUGAGAUGAAGAUAUUAGAUUCUCAUAAAUCAUUUAAACUAUUUAGUUUGAAUGCAUUCAAUGAAGACUAUCCACAAAUUGGAUACGAGGAGCUAUCAUGGAAAGCGGUUGGCUGUUGCAAAGGCAUCCCACUAGCCUUAAUAGCAUUGGGCUCUUUUCUUCAUUCAAAGAGUAAAACUGAAUGGCAUAGUGCAUUGCAAAAGCUUGAGAAGACACUAGAUCCAGAAAUUCAGAAUAUUUUAAGAUUGACUAUUGGCAUGAGAUCCCUUCUUGAUAGAGCUUUAAUAGCUAUAUCUCAUAAUUGUGUGCGGAUGCAUGACUUGAUCCAAGAAUUAGGUUGGGAUAUCGUUUGUCAACAAUCUAGUGAAAAUCCUGAAAAUCGUAGCCACUUGUGGGAUUCUAAUGAUAUUCGGGAUGUUUUGGGAAACAACAAACUUCCCGUAGGACUAAAGCCAUUUCCUUCUAAAUUAAGAUACUUGGAGUGGGAUGCCUACCCUUUGCCAUCUCUGCCAUUGAAUUUUUGUCCUAAGAAGCUUGUUACUCUUUGCAUCCGAAACAGUAAACUUAAAAGACUUUGGGAUGGGGUUCAGAAUCUUGUUAAUUUAGAGGAAGUAGAUCUAACAGAUUCCAAAAAGUUGGUGGAGCUUCCAGAUUUCUCCAUGGCAGAUAAUCUCAAAAGUGUACAUCUGUCUAGCUGUCGAAGUUUGCGUCAUGUCCAUCCAUCUCUUUUAUCACUUGGAAAACUUGAACUUUUAGAUCUUCUGAACUGUGCAAAACAAAUUACUUCUAGAUGGAAGCCCUGUGAAGUGCCGGUGAGCAUCAAGCACCUUACGGAGCUGAAAACACUGUCACUAAAAGGGUGUAAGAUGCUUCAACAUUUGCCAGAGCUUCCAUCAUCCAUUCAUCAUUUGACUGCUCUGGACUGCAUAAUGCUGCAAACUGUGACAUUCAGUUCAAAUAUUCCUAGACUACAAGAAGAAAAAUGCAUAAACAUCUCGUUUCAUAAUUGCAUAAAGUUGGAUGUGGCGAAUUGUAUUUAUUGGUACCUUAAAGGUAUAAGGAAACUUGCUUACGUGUGUGAAUCCAGAAGAGGAGGAAAAGGAGUAGUUCGGAGAAGUGAUUUCUUCAAGGUUUGUUACCCCGACUACAGAGUACCAGAGUGGUUCAUGCAUCGGACAAAGGGUACUUCCAUAACUUUUGAAGUUUCUUCACCUUCCAGUUAUGGUUUUAGUUCCCUUCUCUGCGUUGUUCUCCCUAAGUAUAGUUUGGAUUAUGAACUUGAUAUUAAAUGCCGUUGCUACUUGGAAGAUGGUAGUAACAUGCACAAAUAUUUAUUUGGCAUAUUAUUUUUAAAUCACAUUCCAGCAGAAGGGUGUUCUGAUCAUGUUUAUAUGGCAUAUAAUUAUGGAGGCAUCUUUGAUGUAAUCAAGCUGGACAGAUUGAAUAAUAAGAUUGCGUCUUCCAGAUAA